AUGCCGCCUGUGGAGGCCAUGCCGCCUGUGGAGGCCAUGCCGUUUUCCAGCCUGGCUCCUGAUCUCCACAUCGGGACCUCGUGGGGGCUGCCGCAGUUCACUGAUGUUUAUUUUGAGAUUUGCACCCCCUCGCCACCCUCCAUGAAGACGGGACAGGCAGGGAGUCUGUCCGGCAGCCCGAAGCCUUUCUCCCCGCAAGCGUCUGCGCCCAUCAUGACGAAAACGGACAAGACGUCCACCACCGGAAGCAUCCUGAACCUUAACCUGGGCAUCAAUGAAAUCUCGGAGGACGUGUACACGGCCGUGGAGCACAGCGACUCGGAGGAUUCCGAGAAGUCGGAGAGCAGCGACAGCGAGUACCUCAGUGAGGACGAGCAGAAGUCCAAGAACGAGCCGGAAGACGCGGAGGACAAGGACGGCAGCGCGCUGGACAAGGAGCCACCCGCUGCCAAAAAAAAGCCCAAGCCCGCCAACCCCGCGGAGGUCCCCGAGGAGCCGAAGAGCGCGUCUCCAGUGGGCGAGAAAGCAGAGCCCGUGGCCGCCAAGGCCAGCCCCGAGCCCGAGAGGGACUCUGCYGAGAGAGCGAAGCCGUCCCCGCAUCCCGCCAAGGACAAACUGAAGGGCAAAGAUGAGACGGAUUCCCCGACGGUGCACUUGGGCCUGGACUCGGAUUCAGAGAGUGAACUUGUCAUAGACUUGGGAGACGACCAUCCUGGGAGRGAGGGCCGGAAGAACAAGAAGGACCCCAAAGAGCCGCCUCCCAAGCAGGACGUCGUCGGUAAAGCGCCGCCGUCCACGACUUCCGGCAGCCAGUCUCCCCCCGAGACGCCGGUGCCCACCCGCUCCUCCUCCCAAACCCCCGUGGCCAGCGUCCCGGCCACCACCAGCACGACGUCCACCGUCACGGUCACCGCGCCGGCCCCGGCCGUCACAGGAAGCCCGGUGAAAAAGCAGAGGCCGCUCUUACCGAAGGAGACUGCCCCGGCCGUGCAGCGGGUCGUGUGGAACUCAUCAAGUAAGUUUCAAACGUCCUCCCAAAAGUGGCACAUGCAGAAGAUGCAGCGUCAGCAGCAGCAGCAGCAGCAGCACAGCCAGCAGCAGCAGCCUCAGUCUUCCCAGGGGACGAGAUAUCAGACCAGACAGGCUGUGAAAGCUGUCCAGCAGAAGGAGGYCACGCAGAGCCCGUCCACGUCCACCAUCACCCUGGUGACCAGCACGCAGCCRUCCCCCCUGAUCAGCAGCUCGGGCUGCACAAGCACCCUGGCGUCGUCCGUCAGCGCCGACCUGCCCAUCGCCACCGCCUCGGCCGACGUCGCCGCCGACAUCGCCAAGUACACGAGCAAAAUGAUGGAUGCCAUAAAAGGGACGAUGACAGAAAUAUACAACGACCUUUCCAAGAACACGACAGGAAGCACAAUCGCUGAGAUCCGCAGGCUGAGGAUCGAGAUCGAGAAGCUGCAGUGGCUGCACCAGCAGGAGCUCUCCGAGAUGAAGCACAACCUGGGUGGGUCCCGGCUGCUGGGCCCAGAAGUGGACAGAGUCCAYGCUGGGCCAACCCUCGACCUUUCUGGCUCCAGAGAGACGCCCUCCUCCAUUCUCUUAGGCUCCAACCAAGGCUCUGUUAGCAAAAGGUGUGACAAGCAGCCUGCCUCCACCCCAACCACCACAGACCACCAGCCGCACCCCAACUACCCCGCCCAGAAGUACCACUCCCGGAGUAGCAAGUCCAGCUGCUGGGGCGGCGGCGAAGAGAAGCGAGGGUCGGCCCGCUCCGAGCUCGGCGCCGGCUCCAGCGCCAAGAGCCUCAUCCCGAAAGAGUCUCGGCUCGACGCCUUCUGGGACUAGGGGCAAGCUGUGACCAGACCGCCCGUCCCACGGGGCAGGACCGCGGACACCCGGAAAAUAGGAAACGGCGGAGACGGAGAAGGACCCCUGCAGGCUCGGGAGGGCCGCGGGCAGCCCCCACGCGGCCGCGUCCAGGCCCUGGCCGAGCGCCCGCGGGAGGGGACCGCUGCUGUAGGUGUAAAUAAUGUACAAUUUGUGGAUGUCACUGAACUAGAGCACCUUCCCUUUUUAUAUUUGUAUCGACUUUAACUUAUAAAAAAAGAAAAACAAGUUUAAAAAAAAAAACACCCAACAACGAAAGGAAUGUUGGCUGCGCAGGCGGACGGACGGGCAGCCCGCCCUCGGGGCACGCGCUCCUGGGCCGGGCCUGGUGGGCGCAGCGGUCCUGGGCCGGGCCUGGUGGGCGCAGCGGUCCUGGGCCGGGCCUGGUGGGCGCAGCGGUCCUGGGCCGGGCCUGGUGGGCGCAGCGGUCCUGGGCCGGGCCUGGUGGGCGCAGCGGUCCUGGGCCGGGCCUGGUGGGCGCAGCGGUCCUGGGCCGGGCCUGGUGGGCGCAGCGGUCCUGGGCCGGGCCUCACCCUCGGCCCCUGGGGAAGCCAGCGUUGUCCUGUGUCUGUCCACAGCACGUUGGUGGGGGUCAGGAGCUCCAGCCCAGGCUCUGCCGUGGGGACCCGGCACGCCAGGCCGGUGGCCCCUUGCGGAUGCCUACGUCACUGUGUCCUGCCACGCAGGCUCUGCCGGCCAGGAGCCAUGGGGGAGGGCCGUUUAUUCUGUGUGGCUUAAGUGGUGGCUCCUAAAAGGGAAAAUCAACAUCCUGUUUACAGAAGAUGCUCGGAGGCUAGUGAGCCCUGCCCAGCUCGUCACCAACUCGGCAGCAAAGAGAAACCUUUUCUUGUUUGUGGUUCCUUUGGACACUCACACACCCACGGGAGGAGAUGCUGUGCUUCUAGAACAGGAACUCAAAGGCAGAUGCACACCGAGGAGCGUGCGUCGGAGGAAGCAUGUGUGUAUUAUUUAUAKGAUGGAGCUCUGCGUUUUUAUGUAAGCAUGAAACAGUGGCAGUAUGAGAAAGCAAGACCGUCAUGCUGUCUGUUACACUACGUAAGCUGUAGUACCAUUUUGUAUGUUGUGUAAAACAAAAAGCAUUGAUCAAAGCAAAAGGUGAUGUAUGUAUAUGAGAAUAUUAAUUGUACGAUAUCAUUCCAGUACAUUCUGUUGUACAUUUUAGUCUCGUUUACUUUCUCUUCAUUGUUGAUAAGAGGAUGCUGGCUGUACGGUUUCCAGCUAGCCACCCACAUUAGAGAAGAAAGAAGAACAGAUAUUAGAAGAAAGCAGGAGAGAAAGAACAUUUGUGAAUUGCAGUUGUCAAAAAAAAAAAAAAUAGCCUAGCUGGCCUUAUUUGUGAAGCAUAAUUGCUUUUAGCAUAUGGAAGUAUUUUUUCACAUUUUCUUUGUAUAAAAUUUGUAUUAAACUUAAAUAUCUUUUUUGAAGAUGGUGUUUCUUUGUGACUGAG